UCGUCAAGCUUUGUCUCAUCCAUGGCGACGAGUUACGAGAGAUGAAAAAUACGAAAUUAAUUGAAUACGAAGAAGUAAUCUUGUCUGAAGUAAUUUUUCCAGAUGAGAUUUCAAACUGCCGCAUUGGAAUCUCUUGGAAUAACCAGAUAUUAGUGACCGGAGAUGUAAAGACGUUAGGUAAACGUAGGAUGCCAUACGAGACCUUGCUGCGUAAAGCUCGUCAAAAAUGGGGUGCGACCGAAACGUCCCUACUUGUUGAAGGACUUUAUAAGGUUAUUCAUGACCAAUUUGGAAGUAUGAAUAAUUAUAUAUCGUAUGCGAGGGAAAUUAUCGAAGUCCGUCAUCGCUUAGCUCAUUUUGAUGGAAAGGACUCUCUUACCGAAUCUGAUAUAAAAAAAAUGAUGAUGACAGAAGACGAAAUUAAAUUAUUUAAAGUCUUGACAAAUUUAAAGCAAAAGGAAAGACCGUUAAUAAGAGCUCAGAGUAAUAUCGCGAAUACAACAAAAAAAUCUUUAGGAAAAGCUUCUACAAUUUCCGCUACUCCUUUUACCGCAUCGACAACAACAGAUGAUCAAUCUUCUAAACAAGAACAACGUUUAACUAGAAGUGGAAGAAAAGUAGCAGAUUAUAAUGAACAAACUUCUGAUUCAUCCGAAUAUUCUUUAGAUAUUAACGAUGACGAUAAUACAAAGGAAUUUACCAUCGCGACCUCCAAAUCGACUAAUCGAAAGAACGUUGAAGCAUCUUAUGAAGAUUUCGUCAAUACCUUAAACUUUGAUAAUUCUCCUGAUGAACAAGAGAGUCUACAAAAACGUCUUGGAUUUCCCAUUUUUACAAAGAAAUUUCUCAAUUAUGAUCAAAGUAAACGUACUCAACAACGUAAACUUGAAAAAGAAAACAAAACAACUUCAAUCGAAAUCGAUAAUCUUCGUGAAAAAAUCCAAAAGAUUAAAUCUAAAAAUGAAGUCGUUACAAAAGAAUCUAACGAAAAACAAGAAUUAAAUAAUGAAUUAAGGGAUUAUAUUGAAAAGAUCAAAUCAUCGUUAUUUCGAUUAGAAAAGGAAAUUGGACCUACAGUGAUGUCUUCUUCCGUUAAAUUGGACGAUACCGAAAAUAUGGAUAUUUAUGUUAACGAAUUUAGGAAACGAAUUGUCGGUGGUUGUCUUUUGCAACCCGAAUAA